UCACUUUGAGACGUGGUUUGAUCGAAACAAGUCGACUUCAUCUUUCUGCUUCUGAAAAUAAUUUUCGUGUGUUUAAAAAAAGUUGAAAAAGAAAAAACGAGCAUUUUAAUCAUUUUCUGAGGGAUAUAGUUGAGACGAGUCAACUUCAUCUUUCUGCUUCCGAGUAAUAUAUUCGUGUGUGUUAAAAACAGCUGAAAAACGACGAUGAAGGGCGAAAAAAUUGUGGACGAUGAACGUGAGCAUGAAAAGCCGGGCUUGUCGAAUGGUUCCAUGCGAUCGCAGCGUGGCGACGCGGAACCCAUCGACAAGAAGCUGAAGGAGAUCAAAGACCAAAAGGCCCACUUCAACGAAAUGGUCGGCAGCCUGGAGAGCCUCGUGACGCCCGUUAAUUCCAAAACGCUCACAAAGAGCAUGAAGAAGGGGGAUGCUCCUGAAAAAAAGAACCUCAUCGUUGAUAAGCUGCCCUUUAGUUCUGGGCCGAAGAUCAGCCCGUCGGCAUCAGCGGAGGCGAAGGCGGAAGCCACGGAAGAGAUAGCUAUCGACCCGGUUGCGAACAUGUUUGUAAUGCAGCCGGAUGGCACGCAUGAGUGCUAUGCUGGAGAAGUGCCUGUUGCCGAGAGCCAGCAGGUGCCUGCCAUGCGUGAGAUCCGCAUCGAUGAUGGGGAACGCAUCAUCCUAACCGGGGGAAACGGCCAGGUUGUGUACCACCCGGAGGAUACCGUCGCAAUAGACAUUGACGAUGCGCGUGUUUUUGUCUUCGACGCGCAGGAGAGUGGCGUUUCCUUUGUUCAGGCAACUGAAAGUAGCGAGGUUCUGGACAUCGAUAGUAUCAUAGAGUUCUUGCCGGAGGAGCAAGACACUACAGCCAUGGGGACCGAUGGAGGAGUUCAGUCGGCCACUUAUGCGGAUGGCACAGACAUGGCUCAGUUCCCAACUUCUGUGGUAAUUCAAGUCAAUCCUGAGCAAGCGAGGCCGAUAGAGGGUCAAAUAACUCAGCCACCAGCAGCUUGCCAUGAGAUGCCCGACGGGCUAGGUCUGGGAGAGGACGACAAAGGAGUUCAUUCGCCGGCAUGCCACAGUGGAAUGCGGAAUUAAGGGGUCCAUCCGCCCCAGGUUUCAGCGAGUUGGAUGAGGGAACAAGUCUGCAAAUAGUUAAUGUGAUACCUAGACUAAAUAAAAUAAAUAAAUACAAAAUAAGGGCCAA